AUACUAACUACGGUGGCGGCGCGCUGCGCGGGUUCGCCCGCCUGAGCCGUGCGUUCUGUUUGUGUGGUCUGCUCUCACAAGCGUCACAUUGUUGAAGGAAGUUGGAGGCGUUAUCUCUGUUUGACGUAUCCAGAAUGUCUCGAACAACCAGUUUCGCUAGCAGGAGGUUGCAAUGUAUAUGCUUAACGUUCAGUCUGUUUUUGUUAUUCGCGUUAUCUUCUUUGAGUCACUCGUCGAUGAAGUUCGAGUCGCUUGUUUCACUUCCCAGCCCGAAACAGGCAUGGGAUUACGUGGCUGAUCUAAAUCACAUGUGGACGACGAAUCCGGGACUCAUCGACUUCACGAUCCAGUCGAGCGGAGGCAGCCACCCCGUCUGGGAGUACGACGUCCUGCUCAACGAACGGCUCUCGCCCUACGGAAUCCUCGCCAGAACCGCCCACUACGUCGUCGAGCCGGCGGACGCCGCCAGUUUCCGCAUCACGACGACUGCCUCCUUCUGCAAAUUCCACCUACUAUGCGCUUCGACGAAGAGCGUCACGACCUUUGCCGCCCCGCAUGCUAGGAGCGGCGGCACACAGCUACGGGACACGUUUACGGUUUCCAUGACGCCGCUGCUGGCUUGGCUGUACGGACACGAGGCACUGCAGCUACACCACAGGGGCAUGCUGGACCGUAUUGUCGGCCAGCUGGAGAAGGGGAAGCGUGAUUCGCCAGGCAUGCCGGCCGUGCGCAUGUGACAUGGCCUGUUGCGCUUUGCAGCUUUCGGAAUCGAUGCAAGAUUUCUAAAACGUGGGGAGGUGUCCUUACAAAAGUCUGCGGGGGCUACUAAGCGGGCCUCUUCAGUUGCGGAAAUGCAGGGUUCACCCAAGUUCCUCGACGAGGGCUGGGCUGGUGACAUUAGCAGCAGUUGCGAGUUGCAGGGUGGGGCUCUUCGAGUUUCAGCUUGGAACCUGCUAGAGGGGGGUAAAAAAAAAAGAAAGAAAAAAGAAGAAGCACUUUCAGUGCAAUUUGUUUAGCUUGAAGGCCUGGGCCAUAUUGGGGAGAAGAUACAAAGAAUCAGACCUCCAAAUUGUGCUUGCUAUCUAUAAUCAUAAUCCAAAUUGCUAUUUAUAAUUAGGGCCUGACUUUUUCGGGUUUUAUUUUUGGCCAAAUUCGGGGGGUAAAUAUCGG